AUUCUCCUGACCAACACCUCCAACUGCUCCUGGGACACGUCAAACCCAUCAACGAGUCCUCGAAAACUCCUAAAAACUCAUUUCCCAGCACUUUCGACCCCAAAAUCCCCCACGAGAAUCACCACUGACGAUCCCCAGGGACAAUGUGGCCCUCCCCAGGUCCAAUAACCUCAAAAUCUCCUGCGAUUGUGUCCCAACGAUAGCCCAGUUGUCCUCACCACGAGAGGUUAGACCGUGAAAGUUCCCCAGUGGCUGAAAAAUCCCAGGAUGUCGUUGAUAAAGUGAUUAAAGUGCAGUUUUCUGUGAAUAAAUCAUCAGAAUCAUCAACAAUGCCACGACUUUCGAUGCUUCCACGCACAUCCAGGAUCGUAGCCCUUUGUUCAGCUGCUAAUUUCAUAAAUGCAGCUGACAGGGUCAUCAUGCCAAUUGCCAUUGUCCCCAUGACCGAUGAAUUCAAGUGGAAUCUACAUUGGCAGGGCUGGAUACUGUCUGCAUUUGCAUUUGGAUAUUUUACGAGUCAGAUUGUUGGAGCCAUCACAGUCAACAAAUUCGGCUGCAAAACAGUCCUGAUGUCAGCUGUCCUCCUCUGGUCAAUCAGCACAAUUGUCACACCACUUCUAGCCCACUCUGUACCUCUCCUGGUCACGUGCAGAGUGAUCCUGGGACUGGGGGAGGGAAUAGGUCUCCCAGUCAUUUUUCAUUUAUUUGCACACAGUGUACCUGUGGAGGAGAGGUCCAGGGCCUUUGGGUACCUCGUAGCAGCUGGAUCUGUUGGACAAGUCGUUGCCUCCAUCAUGUGUCCCAGGGUCCACUGGCAGACAGGAUUCUACUUAUUCGGUACCAUAGGCAUCAUCUGGACCUUCCUAUGGACGAUUUUGUACCAGGAGUCCAACACCCAGGACGAAAUACCCCUCUUCGUGCCAAAGGUCACCCAGAACCGAGUGGUCAGGUGGACAGAGCUGAUUGCCCACUGGCCCCUCUGGUCCCUGUACAUCGCCCAUUUCGCCAUGAACUGGAGUAAUUACAUCAUUAUGCAGUGGUUGCCAACCUAUUUAUCCAGGAAUUUGUCAGCGAACAAAGAGAGCAUCAGUCUCACAGCACUUCCCUACGUUGUUAACUCCCUCGUGGGCAUAGCUGCUGGACACAGUGCUGAUAAUUUAAUCCAAAAAAGAUGGCCGAUUCUGUCUGUUCGUAGAUUAAUGACAAAUAUUGGGUUGAUUGGACCUGGUGCAUUUUUGUUGGCGUUUUAUGCUGUUGAUAAUUUGUUGGCAGCUGUUGUAUUUGUGUCCAUUUCUAUGGGUUUGUGUGCAUGUAACUCAGCUGGACAUCUGAGUAAUCAUGCUGAUGUUGCACCAAAUCAUGCUGGCAUGACAUUUGCAAUAUCUAAUACAAUAGCAACAAUACCAGGUAUUUUAUGUGGUCCAUUGACUGCUGAAUUGGUUACAGCAUCGAGUGGUAGGUGGAUGCCAGUGUUUGUUCUAGCAGCUGCCAUUAAUUUCACUGGUGCUAUUAUCUAUCAGGGUCACAGUGCAGCACUUCCGGUUGUGUAAACAACAUUAAAAAAAAUUUUUUUAAUGCAAAAAACAUUUUUUUUCGAUUUAAAAAGCGAUUUUUUUUGAAGAAUGAAAGUCGUUUUUGUGGAAAAAUGUCAGCAGUUUGUUGAUUAAGUGAUUAAUUAAUUAAUUAAUUACUUUGUUGGUGGGUUUAUUGAUUGGUUGAUUGAGUCAUCGAUCGAUUAAUUUGUUGAUUGUAAAUUAAAAUUUGAUUUUUGUCGCGUCGUCCACGAACUUUUCGACAUAUCACGUUACAACGAACCGUAAAAUUCAAGUUUUUUUCGGUUUUCGGGGGGAAAAACAUUGAAUUGUUGGUCAAUUUAAUUGUUUAUUUAUGAUAUUUAAUAACUAUUGAGGUCGUUGGAGGUUUAGAUCUCAAUUUAAGAUGUAAAUGAUGUAUAAAUUUUACAUAAUGUACAUACGAGAGUUAUUUUUAGGGAUUAAAUAACGUACGUUGUGAGUAAAAUUGAUUUUUUCAAGCAUAA